UUAUAACCAAUCAAAACUACAGCGUUUCUCAGUCACCGGAGACCACACUUUCUGUAAAUCGCUGUGUCAGUGAACAAAAACAUUAUUUCAAUUAAAUUUUGUUAACAAGCUUUGUAUAAAUAUCAGCAUGUUUUUAACAAGAUCUGAGUACGAUCGUGGUGUCAAUACUUUUUCACCGGAAGGAAGAUUGUUUCAAGUAGAAUAUGCCAUCGAAGCCAUAAAACUUGGUUCAACAGCUAUAGGAAUCCAAUCUUCUGAGGGAACAGUGUUGGCAGUAGAGAAGAGAGUAACCUCUCCACUCAUAGAACCAUCCAGUAUAGAGAAAAUAAUGGAAGUAGAUACACACAUAGGCUGUGCUAUGAGUGGUUUGAUUGCAGAUUCUCGAACCUUAAUUGAUAGAGCUCGAGUUGAGGCCCAAAAUCACUGGUUUACUUACAAUGAAAGAAUGAGCAUUGAAAGUGUCACCCAAGCAGUUAGUAAUCUCGCCCUAGCUUUUGGAGAUGAUGAUGCUGAACCCGGAGCUAUGAGUCGACCAUUUGGAGUGGCAUUGUUAUUUGCUGGUAUUGACGAAAAAGGUCCACAAUUGUAUCAUAUGGAUCCUUCUGGUACGUUCAUUCAAUAUGAUGCAAAAGCCAUUGGUUCAGGAUCAGAGGGAGCACAACAGGCCUUACAGGAAGUGUUUCAUAAGUCUAUUACCCUGAAAGAAGCUUGUAAAUCUGCUCUUACUAUUCUAAAACAGGUGAUGGAAGAAAAACUAAACUCCACAAAUGUUGAAUUGGCUACUGUUACACCAGAAAGAAAUUUUCACAUGUUUUCAAAGGAAGAAUUAGAAAAUGUAAUAAAAGACAUUUAGACAAAACAAAGACACAUUCUUUUUGAGGAUAUAUUAUAAAUGUUCACAUCGUUAUUGUAUUUUGAUUUAAAAGGGGGAUGGUUUAAUUACGAAUAUUAAAUAUGUACAGUGUGUAAAAUCAUUAUAACUUACACAUGACUCAAAAACAUUUUAGGAUAUAUCAAGUCUAUAAAGAGUGAAUUUGUUCCCUUGUUGGGAUGUGAUCAUUGUUUAUUUUAUUGUUUAUUAUGUAAAUUAUCAUACUUCAUAAUAAAAUUUGACCCCCAAAGUGAAUUAAAAUGAAAUUGUUGA